AUGGGCGGAGGUCAGGAUUUUAUUUUACACUGUUCCGAACAAAUUGAGAUAUUUUUACAUGCAAAGUGAGAGUGAUUUUGUUUCGAUUUUCGAAUUUAUCCGUUCAGAAAAGGACAAAAAACUAAGUAUAAGCUACAAAUUUGUUCCAGAGGAAAAAAAAAACUUCUUUCUUUCUACGUUUUUCUUGCUUGAAGUUUUAUUGCUCUCCAUUUUGCACCAAAUUUGCAACCAAAUAAGAUCUGAAGCUUUUUUUUAGUUGUAACGAGGCUCAGUGAUGAGAGAGCGAAAAUUUUGCCUUAUUUUUGUUUCCAGAUUUAAGGUCAAACCACAACAGCUCCAAAGGUGCUCCCACUCCUUAACAAAUUUGAAAAGACUUACUAAAAAGACACUACUCAAGAGUUAAGAGUAUUUUUUGAUUAAUUGAAUGUAUUGAAGAAUUUGAACGAAAUGAAUUUCAGUAACCUGAACUAAACAUGAUGUUUUGUUCUGCAAAUUGCAGGUUGCUGCGGAGGCUGCGCUCCACCGCCACCGCCGCCGGUAUGUCUUCCUCCGCCACCCCCGUCCUGUGCCUUGCCGCCACCUUGUCCGAUUCCGGCGCCUUGUGCCUGUCCAGCCCCAAUAGCAGCACCUUGCGCUUGCGCUCCUCCAGUCCCAGUUUACCAGGUUUUUGUUUGGCUUUCACACAUUUACAUGCCGAAAAGGGUAGUGAAUGUUUCACGCCAACCACCUUGUUGAGAUAGCAACACAAAAUUAGUUUCAGCCUUGUAUGCAGCCGUGCGGAGGCUUCGGAGGCGGAUUCGGCGGCUGCGGCUGUGGGCGCAAGAAACGUGCGGCUAUCCCUAACAACUCUACAGUUUCUCUCAAACCGAAGCUUCUGUCUGUCUAA